UCCCCCAUUAUCCCCUUCAACUUUUUCCCAUUCCCCCAUUCCCCUCUUUCCCCCUUCCCCUCUUCCCCCCUUCCCCUCUUACUCCCUUCUCCCCGCACCCCUUCCCCCAUUCCCCCCAUCCCCUCUUCUUCCCUUCUCCGCCCCUUCCCCUCUUCCCCCUUCUCCCCGCACCCCUUCUCCCAUUUCCCCCAGGGCGACUCAAGGAAGGAUCUUCUGGCAGUGAUGCUGGCAGCGAGGGAUGACGUCAGCAACGAGCAGAUGACCGACCAGCAGCUGGUGGACGAAUGCGUCACCUUCCUAUUGGCCGGUACAGUGCGGUAUUGUGCAGUGCAAUGCGGUGCUGGGCGGCGCUAUGAGGUGCUGUGUGGCGCUGGGGGCAACGAGUGCAGUGCAGAGGCGAGUGCAACACAGGCCAUGCUCCCAUGCUCUCCCACCCCUCCCAUCGUUUCAGGCCACGAGACAACAGCCAAGCUGCUCACAUGGGCUGUGUACCUGCUGGCCCGCUACCCUGAGUGGCAGGAGCGGGUGAGGGAGGAGGUGUGGCGGGUGAUGGGGAGAGAGGAGAUUCCUGAAGGUGGGGGAGGAGGAGGAGGGGCGAACAGGGAGGGAGGGGGGAAGAAACUGGGGGUAGGAGGGGAGAAGGGGGAGGGAGGAGGGGAAGGGGAGAAGGAGGAGGGGGGAGGGGAAGCGGGGAAGGGCAACGGGAGGAGGGGGGGCGGAAGAGAGGUGACGUGGGAGCAAUUGAGCCAGCUGAGUGAGAUGCACAUGGUGCUGCUAGAAACACUCCGGCUCUUCCCCCCGACCCCUGUCAUCACCCGCGAAGCAGUCAAGGUGAGGCCCUUUCAAGCAAGCAAGGUGAGGCCCUUUCAAGCAAGCAAGCACGUCUCGCUGGGCCCCUACUCGCUCCCAGCAGGCACGCGCAUCACUAUGGCCAUCGGCAUGGCGCAGAGCGACCCGCGCUUCUGGGGGGAGGACGCUCUAGAGUUCAACCCAGCACGCUUCCAAGAUGGGAUACAAGGAGCAUGCUCACACCCACAGGCGUUUCUGCCAUUCUCAGCGGGCCCUAGGAGGUGCAUCGGCUCCACCUUUGAGGCACCUCAAAAGCACCCGGCCCUUCCUCUCCUCCCCAUGACUCCCCACAGAUGGGAUACAGGGAGCAUGCUCACACCCACAGGCGUUUCUGCCAUUCUCAGCGGGCCCUCGAGACUGCAUCGGCUCAAACUUUGCUCUCUCGGAGGCCAAGGUGGUUCUUGCACACAUGCUGAGUCGCCUCGAGUGGGAGCUCUCACCCACUUAUGUACACUUGCCGACUAUGGGGAUCGCACUUAG